ACGAGAUAAACACACACAUACAAAUAAACACACAUUCCUCAGAGUGCUCUCUACGAGAGUAUCUCCUCACCAUCAAUCCAUCAUCAUCAUCAUCCUUUUCCAAAAACCCACAUUUCACCUUCACUAUGUGUAAUCCUAACACUACACCACCCUCCACCGUCUCAUUGAAGCCCUCCGAUCACCUCCCACCACCACCACCCCCGACACAAUCCCAUUUCUACCUCGAUCUCAUUUCAUUACCUGUAACCAAAACCCAUUUUCAAAACCCAAAAUCCGACACCGAAUACCAUAAAAACAACAUCCUCCUCCUUCCUACACCUUCUGAAAUCUUCCAUGAAACCAAAGCUCUGCUCAAGCUUUCUUCUCCGAUUGCUUUAACUGCUCUGAUUCUCUACACGCGUUCCAUCAUCUCUAUGCUGUUCCUCGGUCGUCUAGGUGAAACGGAGUUAGCUGCCGGCUCGUUAGCCAUAGCUUUCGCUAACAUUACCGGCUACUCUGUCUUAUCCGGCUUGGCUCUUGGCAUGGAGCCGCUUUGCUCUCAGGCGUUUGGGGCUCGCCGGCUGAAGGUUUUAUCAGUCACCUUACACCGAACGGUUAUUUUCCUUCUGGUUGUUUGUUUUCCGAUAGCAGUCUUGUGGCUAAAUACGUCACGGAUUUUGAUUUAUUUACAUCAAGACCAUAACAUCGCACGUGUGGCUCGCACGUAUCUGGUUUUCACUCUUCCCGAUUUGGUAUCCAAUUCCUUUAUUCACCCGACCCGCAUUUACCUUCGGACUCAAGGCAUCACCUUUCCCUUAACUAUCGCUUCCUUGAUUGGCACGCUUCUACAAUUACCAAUGAACUAUCUCCUCGUUUUCCGAUUCCGUCUCGGUGUCGUUGGAAUCGCAACCGCAUCCUCACUUUCCAAUUUCAUUGUGUUGGUGGCGGUUGUUUCCUACGUAUGGUGGACCGGGUUGCAUUUGCCAACCUGGUCCAUUCCGACCCGAGAAUGUUUAUCCGGGUGGGGGCCACUGGUUCGUUUGGCCGCACCGAGCUGUGUCUCGGUCUGUCUCGAGUGGUGGUGGUACGAGAUUAUCAUUGUACUUUGCGGUCUUUUAGUUGACCCGAACGCAACAGUCGCUUCAAUGGGCAUUUUAAUCCAAACGACUUCGUUAAUAUAUGUGUUCCCGUCUUCUCUUAGUUUUGCAGUUUCGACCCGAGUUGGAAACGAACUCGGGGCGAACCGGCCUAAUAAGGCCCGAGUCUCAGCUAUGGUGUCAAUAUUUUUCGCGGGCCUAAUGGGGUUAUCUGCAAUGCUAUUUGCUACAUCAAUGAGGGAAAAGUGGGGUCAAAUGUUUACGAAUGAUGCAAAUAUCUUAAGGUUAACAUCUGCGGCCCUACCAAUUAUUGGAUUGUGUGAAUUGGGAAACUGUCCCCAGACAGUUGGCUGUGGUGUUGUACGGGGUACAGCCCGACCAACUACUGCAGCCAACGUAAACUUGGGUGCUUUUUAUUUUGUUGGAAUGCCAAUUGCAGUGGGUCUUGGGUUUGGGCUUGGAGUUGGGUUUAUUGGGUUUUGGGUCGGGUUGCUUUCGGCCCAGGUUUGUUGUGCCGGGCUCAUGUUAUAUGUGGUAGGGACAACAGAUUGGGAGCAUCAAGCAAAGAAAGCGGAGAUGUUAACAUGCAACGAAGGUCCAGGUGGGGAUCCACCUUUAAUUUCGUCCGAUAGUGACAUUGAAAGCCAACCAUUGAUGUGCAUAAGGAUCACAUCGUCGUGAUAAUAUAUUUGACCAAAAUAUAUAGAGAACCUCAAUUCGAAACUCAUAAUUAUUCUUAUUUUUGGAAUAUUUUGAAAAAGGGGUUUUUGUUGAGUUUGAUUGUGUAUGUAAUAAUAUUAUUACUGAUUUUUUUGGGUGGGAAAGUAGGAGAAUACAGAAGUCAAAAUUAAAAACGGAAGUAUAAAUGGGAAUUUUUUGUUAAUUUGUUUUGAUUUUCGUUUUUACAUUUUUACCUUUGCUUUUGAUCACCCUCUUGUUAACAUGGCUUUGUGUGAUAAUGGAACUUGAAAAUUCGGUGCA